AUGAUCCGAGAUGAAAACAAAGCCAAGAGGAUGGACUUUUGCAUAGAUAUGAUAGCAGAAGGAGAGCAGUUUCUCGACUGUGUCUUCACGGACGAAUCCACUUUUCAAUUGGGUUGCUCUACGAAGUACGCAUAUGUGGAAGAAGGCAAAGCAUCAGCCAGAUUGAGAAGCAGGGCGAAACAUCCUGCAAAGCUUCAUGUGUGGGGGGGCAUCUCUUCAAAGGGCACCACAUCUCUGGCGAUUUUCAAGGGUACAGUCAGAAUGGACUCGAGGCUGUACUGUGAGAUCCUAGAAGAGUGCUACCUCGGUUUCUCUAGAAGAGCAUAUUACGGAACAGCUAGAUUAGUGCAAGACAAUGCUCCUGCGCACAAGAGCGCUUACACGAUGGGUCGGUUGCGCCAAUGGGGUGUCAAGACGGUUGAUUGGCCAGCCGAGUCUCCUGACUUGAACCCCAUCGAAUUAGUUUGGGGAAGCAUGAAGGGCUACAUAAGCAGACAGAACAUUCGAAAGUUGGACGAACUUGAAUCCGCCAUCAGAACUUACUGGAGCACACUUACCCCCGAGGUGUGUCAGAGAUACAUCAAGGGAAUACAGUGGAGGAUGCCCGCGGUGGUGUCGGCGCAGGGAGGGAACAUUAUUGAAAGAAACCCCAACCGUCGAAAAAAACAAGAAAUUGCCGAGCCUGAACCUGAGGGUGCAUCAGAGGAGGAGGAUGAUUGGUUUUGA